AUGCGGCUCCCAUUCGCAUCUGCCGUCCUCUUCGCAGCGCUCGCCAACGCUGACCUUGAUUAUGUGACGGAUCUCGAUAUUUAUUCUCUUCUGGCCCCGUGUGCCUCCGACGCCAUCUCAUACAACAUCGCGACUCUGACUUACGGCACAGUAUGCGGCGACUCAGAGACGGAGCUCCAGUCGUGUGCUUGCUCCGACACGGAGCGAUUCACCAGCAUCACUUCGUCCAUAUCUCGCGACAUUCGAGUUAGUUGCGGCACUACAGCGACCGACGACCAACAGAGCGCAUCGAGUGUUCUUGCGAAAUACUGCAACCAAGACCUGACGAUUACCUUUUCGACGCCGACCAGAAACGUUGUCCAGGCCUACAUCACCGACUUGAGUCAGAUCAAUUAUCUUCCGCAAUGUGCACAGUCGGCGUUGUCAGAAGCUGUCAUGGGAGAUAAUAUAUCCAAAUGUCCCGAGGCUGCCAGUCUCUUUGCGCCUUGUGUUUGCGGAAAGGGUGGAAUCCCCUCUCAGGUCAGCGACGUGAUUAGCAAGUCCGUCCGAUACUCGUGUUCCAACGGAGGCGACAUCAGCGCAGCGCAAGACUUUUACAACGAAUACUGUGCCAUGAACAACGGAACGACAACCUUUACUCAACCCCCAGGUCCUCCUGGAGACAUGACUUAUCACAUCACCGCCUUGCCGCAGUUCAAGUCGUUGCGGUCGUGCGCUCAAAGCGGCGUUGCCUCUGCGAUUCUCGAGCAAACAGCAAUCUAUUGUGCUACUGGUCCCCAGGCUCUCGCUUCGUGCGUCUGCAUCAAGUCUGGCAUGAGCGGUAGAAUCUUGAGCACUCUCACGUCCAAUGUCAAGUGGAACUGCGACAAUACAGCCACUGCGGAUGUUACCUCGGCCAUGGAUGUCUUUGCGGUCUAUUGUAGCGCGGCUGAAAAGGAGAUUGUCGUGUCCGUCACCGAUACUGCCACUGAAACGUACCCUCAUCCUACGAAUCGAGCCAGCUCGUUACCAUCUAGCCCUGCAGAGACAGGGGGAGCUGAUAGCACUGGUGGAAGCGGCGGAAGCGACAAUGGAGGAGGCAAUCCCGAUCAAGGUGGAAAGGAUGGAUCAUCUUCUGACGGCAGCGGAGGGAAUUCAUCGGGUUCAAACUCCAUCAACAAGACAGCAGUCAUUGCAGCCUGCGUACUUGGAGGCGUUGUUCUCAUCGCUGCCAUUGCUGCCGUGGCAUUUUUCGUCCGCCGGAGACGCAACAAGCAGACGAGAGGAGAGCAGAUACCACCGACAGCAGACGGACCCAAUAUCACCGGACCACCCGAGCUGGAAAACACAUCGAAAAUGGGCCCAAACGUUGCUGUUGUUCCGGAACUCCACAGCACAGAGAGACAGGAGCUUCAGGGAACCGGCACGCCUUUCAGCGAGUUGCCACCUGGUUACGUCUCCCCACGACCGGAACUCCAAGGGAGUAGCGAAUACAAGCCUCCAGUUUCGCCGGUGCAUGGAGGAGGGUAUCAGCCGCCGCAUUCGCCGUACCAUGGACAGCAGCAGCAAGGGGCACCGACUGUUUCUCCUGCAACGCCGAGUACAUACGGGGCGGGAUGGCAAUCCGGGCCAGUUGCAGAGACGUAUGAACUGGACUCGGCUACCUGGAAGUCUUCCUGA